AUGAGCCACGAUCGGGUCUUGCAAUGGCCUGAGGACGGCUGGACCGGGGUGCUCAACUUUGAAGAGAGUCCGUCUCAACCGUUUCGACACCUAGGCUCUCCUACCAGUGUCGGUAAUCCAGGAAAUCUUCCACUCUGUCUAGAAAACCCCUUCUUGCCCGAUGACGACAUAUCCGAUCAUUUUGACCCGUACAACAUGUAUUUAGAGCUUCCGUCUCUAUCGUUCUCAACAACUCAAACCCCUGAAUUUCGCGAUACUUAUCUACUACAACCAUCUAAUUCUUUUAUGAGCGACACGGCGCAUCUGUGGCUCGGCCCUGAUAUUUUGCUAUCUACGGCCUCGGCAGAAGACGUCUUUACGUAUAUCAAGCAAACUUUCGACUUUGACUGGAUCAGCUGGCUAGAGCUUGAUUUCACCUUCUCCGUGGAAAGCGUGACAGGAAUCCCGCUGUCCCGGAACUGCAUUCGAUUCCUCUCCGAGGCCAAUGGUCUCAAAUCCAAGCGCCCGAGCGCUAGUCUUGAAGAUGUCCGCCGGGAUAUUCUCGAUUCUUUCUCGAAGGGGGGUUGGCACUCCAUACAAUUGAUUCUCAGGUAUAGACACGUCGACGUUGGUACAUUGACAUCUUCUGGGUGA